AUAUAUUUAGUGCAAAUCUCACACUAUUAAAUGUUUGUAUUUGCUCUAAUUUAAGGAAAAUAUUUAGACAGAUUUCUGGGGUAAUUGUUAAAGUGAUCAGAUGUUUCGUGGCCUUUGUGCGUUAGUUACAGAUCUUGGAAUUUUAAUGCACAAAAACCGCAAGGAUUUGGAGUUGGUGGCCCUCACGUCUCAAUUCUGGAUGCGCAGUAGAGUAACUUUCAAGUCUUAGCUUUCAUCAGGCGUGACAUUCCCUACGGAAAUUGGUUGUCAUGUUACUUUUUACAACGGCGAUCUUCACAUCACGAAUUUGCACAAAUUAAAAAAAAAACAUUUUUUUUGAAGUUAUAAGUUUUCUACUUUUUUGUGCAUAGUGGUUUACCUUUGUGUGGACAUUUCUAUUGUUAAAGACGUGUCUUGAAUUUGAAGCUCAACGCCGCAGAUAACAUGUCCUUAAUGAGGAAUGAUUUAGAUCGUUAUCAAUUGAAUGCAUUUUGUGGUCGUCGGAAACGAAGAACGGACUAAUGUGACUUUUUAUUAAACGUGAGAAAAUUUUGUGCGAUUUGUUCGUUUUCAAGCUAUUUUCUCGAAAUAUGUUGGGAGAAAGUAAACAAGUAUUUAGUAGUUAGCGUGAAAUUCCUGUUAGCUUUUGCUUCUAAGCAAACAAACCUCAGUGCGUGGUGAGUUUUUACAGAAACAUCUGGAGUAAGGCAUCUCUGAGAUCAGUUUCCCACAGUCCUGUUACUUUUCCAUCUGGCCGUUUAUUUUAGGAUACGCAGCUCAGUUUUCUUUCUAAACAACACUGAUCGCUGAUUGGCCGUGUAACAAUAGUGAUUAAAAGUAGCUGAUGAUCUGUUGAAUUAGCCAUUCACUCAGCCAAUUAAUGUCAAUUAUGGCUUGCAAGUGAGAGAACAAAGAUUUAAUCGAGAAGAAGUGACAGCAUUUUUGAGACCGCGUUGAAGAACGGUGCUCUUCAUCGGAGUAUCAUUUUCUCGGGAGCGAGAGAGACGGCGCUGAUUAUUUGUCCACCUUGAGCAUUUAUCUUUUCAUUUCCUUUGUGUCGAGUGGAGGAGAGUUUCAUUUUAGAAGAUUUUCAAGGAACUGGAAGCCCAGUAGGAAUUUUGCAUUCAGCGAAAUUGUAUCACAGGGAACUGUCAGUAAGCUUACGGUUGUACGUCAAUCGUGUAACAGAGAGAGCUUAAAGUUCACGGCCGUGGGGCGCUCAAAGUGGUUCUACUGAACACAAAUCUGCGAGGAAAAAAAAACAUUAACCGCACAGGCUAUGAGAUCAUAAAGGUGACUUGAAGACAAUUCCGUGGAAGAGAGGUGAUUUAUUAGCAGUGCAAGAUGGAAGUUCCAUAUAUGCUGCUCUUUUUUCUGAUGUGUCUUUUACGUCUCCAAGAUGCAACCGGUGACACGUCGGGAAUUACAACAAGAGAAGGAAGAAAUAUCACUCUACCAUGUAAGACAUCUAACGGCCAGUCUGGACUUUGGUACAAGACUGUUUGGUUUAAAGGCUCAGAGAAAGUUAUUUCUAUUAUAAAUGGAGGCCACUUUACGAUAUACUCUCAAAGGAAAUACCCAAUAACUGUACUAGACAAGGAAUCCAUUCGCCUCUUCAAUGUUGAUCGUUAUGAUCACGGAAAUUAUUCAUGCAGAGCGCUGUAUAUAGAUGGAGAUACAUUCGAAAACGUCCAGCAACACAUCACUCUUCUUGUGAAAGCCCGUCCACUGUUAAGCAGCCAAAGCCCAACGAUACAAAACCUGACCCAAAAUGCAUCAAAGGUAGCCUUCGCGCUUGACUGCUCCGUCAAUGCAUUCCCUAAAGCUGACGUCGUGUGGCAGAAAAUGGAUGGACAGCUGCCAGACGGCAGGGCCAAACAGGAAACCAGUGGAACUUUGGUGAUACACCAAGCUUCUGCGGAGGACAGUGGAACAUAUCUAUGUUCAGCGGUCAACGAACUUGGAGGAGACCAGUUGAACUUUACCGUCACCGUUUUUGAACCACCUGGGAUAUACGGGAGACGAAAGUUCCACGCCAAUGUGGACGAAAAAGCCAAGUUGAUUUGUGUGUCGCGCGGAAAUCCUGGUCCGUCUUUCUCAUGGACUUGGAGGGACAGGAAAAACAAAACUUUCAGUAUUACCCAGGGCGAGGAAAUCAAUGGAUACAGCAUGACAACGACAAGCGAUACUGCAACGAGUCAAAGCAUUCUUGAAAUAACCACGGUCAAAGAAGAGUCUUGGACAAUAUACACCUGCGUAGCUGUAAAUGCUUUAGGCCGAUCUUCGGCUAACAUUUCUUUGUCGGGAAAAACUCGUCCAGAAAGUCCAACAAUAAUCUCCGUGGAAACCACGGAUCGAGAAGCUUUGGUCACGUGGACAUUUAACGAUGAUGGUGGCCUGGAACUGAAGGCCUUGAUACUCCAGUACAGAAAGAGUUCACAGAAAGAUUGGAAUGAAAUCCAGAUUAAACCGCCUAACAAAAACAAAUAUACCAUCAUGUACCUCGACCCAGACACAAACUACAACUUCCGUAUCUUGGCAACCAAUAGCCUCGGCACCAGUACUCCUAGUUCCACCUAUUUUGCCAACACCAAGAAAAAAGAAUCCAAUAAUGAAGCGCAGACCAGUAAAGGCUUCGCGGCACUCACUGAAAAUAUGACAGCAUUAGUGGGUGGGGUCGGGGGGGGUUUCCUGGCCAUCAUGUUUGGUAUCAUUGCAAUCUUCUGCUUCUUUAAGAAGAUGCACAAGAAUAACAGCCCAGGGGAUACGCCAUCGAACAGCCGGCCUACGAGCCAACAGGAACCAGCCGAAAUGACCGCGUUAUUAAGCCAUAACAUUCCAAAUAUACCCCUACCUCAACCAAAUGUGGAGCAAGGAGCUUCAGUGACUCAGUUAUCAAACAAUCCCUGGGAAUUCCCGCGGAACAGAGUUGACUUGCAGUUGGUGCUGGGAUCGGGUGCAUUUGGCGUGGUUAUGAAAGCACAGGCACAGGGCAUCAAAGGCUGUGUGGGAAAAAUGCACGUUGCAGUGAAAAUUGUAAAAGAAAGUGACAGUGAGACGGCCAGAAGAGAUCUGCUUGCGGAGCUGGAACUCCUCAAGCUCAUUGAGCCACACCCAAAUGUUAUUGGCUUACUAGGAUGUUGCACAAGACAAGAGCCUUUGAUGGUUAUAGUGGAAUUCUGUGCUUAUGGCGAUCUUCAGAGUUAUCUGCGUCACUGCCGUGGUGUAGAAGAUAAAUAUUACCAAGAUUUGUACAAAGUUCCCAUUGAAAAACUCGGUUCCAGGGAUCUUUUGUCGUUUGCCAUACAGACUGCAAGAGGCAUGGCACAUCUGGCUGCCAUGAAGGUUGUUCACAGGGAUCUUGCGGCCAGAAACGUUCUUAUUGACGAACACAAAGUUUGUAAAGUGGCCGACUUUGGCUUCGCUAGGGACAUUUACGUAGAAAAUCACUACACGAGAAAAACGCAAGGAGGACGAUUUCCAAUUAAAUGGAUGGCCAUAGAGUCAUUAUUAGAUGGUGUAUCCACAACAAAAAGUGACGUGUGGUCCUUUGGCGUCGUGCUCUGGGAAAUCGUCACGUUAGGUGCAUCACCGUAUCCAGGCAUGAACUCACAGGAAGUGAUCAACUUUCUUCAAGAUUCAUAUAGGAUGGAUAGGCCUAAGCACUGCUCUGAAGAUUUAUACAUCCUUAUGAUGGAUUGCUGGCAAGUGGCCCCUCAGCGACGGCCAACAUUCGUAGAGCUGUCCCAGCACCUUAGUAAAAUGUUCAGCGAUGAAAAGGAAUACGUAAACAUGGCUAUAUACGAAGACAAUUUGUACGUCAAUUUUGACGGCUCCUCCCUCACAGUGUAGCUACCUCAAGUCCACUGACACCUGCACGUACAUAAUUAUUGAUUGAUUCCUGUCAAUCAUCUUUUCACUUGUCGUAGGAGUAUAUCGACAUGCGCAUGUACGAGGACCACUUGUACAUCAAUUUCGACAAGGCUUCUGGGACAUUGACAUCCAAAUCGGGAAGUACACAGAACCCAAGUGAAUCACCUUUGUGACGGAAGAAAAUAACCAAAUGUAUCACUUUCUUCACCUGUAAACGAACACUUCAGAAAAUCUUUACUACAACAAAAGAUCAUCGGAGGAAAGGCGUGUUUUUGAAAGUUACAGGCGGGCAUGAUGAAUGCUUUCUGCCAUUCUACGGGGCUUGCCGACUCUAGGAGAGGCAACGACGCAUGCGAAAUUUUUUUAGAUAAUAAUUUUGUCCUAAACGUUCAUCUCGUCGACAAUCAGGAACUUAGGAAAUUAGGCACAGCCACAACGCAGCCUAACUGACAUCUGUACUAUUUCGAAACAAUUCGCUUGUCAAACAACAAGUGGAAGUCACUGCGACAUGUUCUUGUGAUUCAAAUUUUUCUUAGUCUAAAAAUUUUAGACCAGCUUGGUUCGCAUUUUCUUCGGUUUCAUUUUGGUUAUGAAUACGCGGGAUGAUAAACUCAAAUUUAAAAAGUCUUUCACGAAAAAAAUUUUAAAUCACAGGAGAGCCUUCAUUAGUCUUAAGGAAGUUUCUGUAAGGGGUAUAAACAAAAUUCACCUUGUCGUUUCCGGAGUUUCGGAUAGCGUGCCCAAGUUAAUAUCACACACUAUUACACAGAUUCCGUCACUGAUUUUGUCAAAGUUAAACUUGCUUUAAAUCAAAUAUUUGUAACAAAGCUUUUGGGAAUACGUAAAUAUGGAAGAUAUACAAAGCAAAGGAAUAGUUGUGUUUAUUUAAGACAGAAGCUAAAUAGUUAUCAGGGGCAGUUAAUUAACAAGUACGGCGCCUCCGAAAAGUAGUCAAAGCGGAAGUGUGUGCUACAAGUCAGUUGUGGAGAUGUUUACCUUGAGCGUAUUUGAUCCAUGAGGGAUCUAUAAACUAGAGUAACGUUGUUCACUGUCGCGUUUUAGCGACGAGACAUCAAGUUUGUCUCAUUUGACAGCAACAAAUGUUCACAAGGAAAACAAAUUUAAUUGUAAGAAUACUCGACGAGCAAUGGAGGUUCAUUCAAAAUUUGAUCACCACUGACUGCAAAUUUAGGAGGACAUUUGAAAUUUAGGGUUUUCAUUGGUCAGUUUUGUUGAGAAAAACGUUUUAUGAAGAUUCAGCUCAAUAAAGUCAUUGCAUCAUUUAUGAUAAA